AUGACGCGCAUUCACCCACACGAAUACAGCCGUGCUUCAUAUCACCAUCCUUCACAAAAUCCCUUUGGUACAGUACCAUCGGGCCUGCGCUCAGGUUUCAGCCCAGCUUCCCAGUCUGUGUCUGUGGUAGUGAGGAAUCCACCUACGAUCGAUAACACAUCAGAGAGCAGUGAAGAGGCACCUGGAGGAACAAACUUAACUGGGAGUGAUUCACGUGAAGGAGGUAUCCUAGAUAGCGACCUCUAUUAUGCGCCGAUGCCAGUGAGCGUAGCUCAAACCACCGAAGGAGAUGAGUCAAGGUUGAUGCCGAGAUCAACCACUAACAGAGGAACGAAGCGCAGCCGCAAUGCCGACGAUGAGCUCGAUGGUGACACUUCACGGCAACACAGACGUCUCACAACCAAAGAAGAAGUAGCACUCUUCGAGAUCUGUAACCAAAACGCCGACACCUUCGGCAGCCGCAGUAAUCUGUGCAAGUGGUGGAUAUCCAUUGCCGACGAGUUCAAGCGCACUCACGAUGGCCGAUCAUACUCAUGGCACUCGGUGCGGCGCAAAGUCGAAAUGGUCACGAGGCAGCGCAUCAAGUUUCUUGAGGAUCAGCGACAGCGGGGCUCGAACGCACCCGGCUCAAUGGCGGAGGAGCUGAUGAACCCGCAAUGGCUCGCUGCCGUCGAUGCCUGGCUUCCGACCUGGCAGCGGUGGGAAGAAGCUGAGAACCGGCGCAUUGCAAAGCGGGAUGAGCUUAAGAAGCGUAGACAGCCGCAGCCUUGGCGCCAAAAUUCCAAAAACGGAGACCAGGAUCCAUGGCAGAGCCUCCCUGGAUCAUCUGCUACUAGCCCGACUGAUGUCAACACCUCAAUGAUGAGUAUGAUGCACCCUGUCGCAAACACCGUCGAUUCAACUCUCCCGGCUACCAGCCCUACACCCUCGCCCUCGAUCACUGGCCCUGCACCACCCACGCAUUUCCUCGAACAACCGUCCACCCCUAUCUCUGCGACCACUUCACUGAAACUACCACUUGGUUUCGAGAACAUGUUCUCGACCCCACAACUCACGUCACAAGUCGCACCUUUUCCCUCCAUAUCCACACCAGUUCCACAAUCCGACGGCCGUAUGGCCUCAGCCGUCCUCGAAACCCUGGGAAAACUGAACAAACAUCUAGACGCCGCAUCGGGGGGCGGCAUAGAUGUGAGUGCCGCCUCGCCCAUGAUCUCAGCUUUGGUGCAGGCUGCCUCGGAAUCAACGCCUCUGCCUUCUCCCCGACAAUCACAGCACCAGCAAGUACAGCCUGGAUUGCAGCAACAGCCACAACCGCAAGCUCCGACUCAGACUCAAAUUGAACAGAUGAAGGAAGAGCUCCGGCAGGAGAUGCGGGCCCAAUUUCGAGGUGAGCUGGAGCGCGAACGUAUUGCGAUGGAAGAAAAGCUGGAUUCCCUGCAGCGGACUCAGGACCUGAUUCUUGAGAUGUUGAGACAGGAGCCUGCUUGA